AUGUCAGCCUUCUACUUCCUCUUCACCGCAAACGCCCUAGUCUUUGGAACCCUCAACUACGCAAAAUAUACCAAAGACUGGAAACUAGAAAAGAAACUCCUCAGCCACACUUUACUUUCUCCAGCAUCUUGGGACAAUGGUCGUUGGUGGACUAUCCUAACAUCUGCAUUUGCUCACAUUGACCCCGUCCAUUUCGCCUUCAACAUGCUCUCCUUGUACAACUUUUGCAGCCUUUGUGCUUUUAUACCAGUAAUGGGCGGUUUCGGCUUCCUAUACCACCGCAAGCGCAAAAUCUCAGAAUCUUCCCCCUCGGACUGGCAAAACAAAACUCGCAACUACAACUCUUCAGCUUUGGGUGCUUCGGGUGCUGUCAUGGGGAUUGGAGCACUGACGGCAUGUAUGGUUCCUAAUGCUCCUAUGCAAUUGAUGCUUAUCCCCAUAACAUUCCCUCUUUGGGUAUUUGUGGCCGGUUAUGGUUUGGUGGAUAGUUAUUUUUUGGAUUCUCCGAACUCGGGGAUUGCGCAUGCUGGGCAUUUGGGUGGGUUGGUGUUUGGUACUGCGUACUAUUUGGCGUUUUUGAGAAAGUCGCCGAUGGGGGUUUGGAGAAAUGUUCAGAGGUUCUUCCCGAGGAGAUGA